CUAUUUUGACCAGGUUUCCACCUUAUCAUUACCAUUUCAUUUCCUCUCACUUCGUUCCCCUCUCUUGCUUCUCUCUGCCUCUUUCAUGGUUCUGUGAGUAUGGCCGUGGAGCUCAUGAUGGGCUACAGGAACGAUAGCUUCGCGGCCAAGAUGGAUGAUAAUGUUGUUCAAGAAGCUGCGUCUGGCCUGGAGAGCGUGGAGAAGCUCAUCAGGCUGCUUUCCCAGAGUCAGCAGCAAUUCCAGUCUUCUUCUUCUUCCGCUUCCAAGUCUUCCGUGGAAAUCGAGAUGGACUGUAAAGCCGUCGCAGACGUCGCCGUUUCCAAGUUCAAGAAGGUGAUUUCUCUUCUGGGUCGAACCAGAACCGGUCAUGCUCGAUUUAGAAGAGCCCCUUUGCUUCCUCCUCCUCCUCCUCCUACCGUCAAUCAAAACCCCGAGCCACAACCCUCGGAACCCAAAGUUUAUUAUGCGACGCCGUUGCAGCAGAUCCCGCCGGCCCUUCUUCAACACCAAACUCUCGGCGAGCAACAUCCCCUGAUCCCCAAAAAUGGGAUGAUUGAGAGGAAGGACUCGUUUAAGACCAUUAAUUUCUCGUACUCCUCCGCCGCGACGUCAUUUAUGUCGUCCCUCACUGGCGAUACUGAUAGUAAACAUCCAUCGUCGUCGCCGCCGGCGACCGCUUUUCAGAUCACAAAUCUGUCUCAGGUCUCCUCAGCGGGAAAACCUCCCCUUUCUUCUUCUUCGUUGAAGAGAAAGUGUAGCUCCGAGAACUUGGGUUCCGGCAAGUGCGGCAGUUCCUCUAGUCGUUGCCAUUGUUCUAAAAAGAGCAGAAAAAUGAGGCUAAAGAGGGUGGUGAGGGUGCCAGCAAUAAGCUUGAAGAUGGCUGAUAUCCCACCUGAUGAUUAUUCAUGGAGGAAGUAUGGACAGAAACCCAUUAAAGGAUCCCCUCAUCCUAGGGGAUACUACAAGUGCAGUAGCGUUAGAGGAUGUCCGGCACGCAAACACGUAGAGCGAGCUCUGGACGAUCCAUCCAUGUUAGUAGUCACCUAUGAAGGCGAUCAUAAUCACUCGCUCUCUGCGGCCGAUUCAACGAAUCUCAUACUGGAAUCCUCUUAGCCUUUAAUCAAUUUGACGGUGAGGAUUAGCAGAAGCCGUGCUCCCAAGGCAUCGAGUUAUGGUCAAGUUCAACAUUUCAAAGGAGCAGUUGGCUCUGUGAAGAACUAAAAAUGCUUUAUUAAUCUCGAAGGAGAUUAGUUGAUUACCACUCCCUUUCCCUGUAUAAUAUUGGAUUCCUUUUAUCUUUCCUGUUCUCUCUCUUGAAAACCGAGACCCUGGCUGUGAAUCCAUUAUCCAUUAUUAUAAAUUAAAACAAAAGAAGAAAAGAAAAGCACAGAUGGUGGAUUUGGUAACGGGUUUCAACAUGAUAGAAAGUGGAGGUGGUGGGGAGGUUUAUUCCUUUCGAAUUUUCUAUUUGGUUGCUUUUUACCUUUGCCUUAUUGGUGCUCA